ACUAGGUUUUUGUUUGAAUUGAUCUUCCAUCUUUAGAUGUCUCAAAGCUUUUGACUUUCUAGAUUAUAGUGCCUGAUUUGCUAAGUUGAUGGUGGAUUGUGUCGCAGCUUUCCAUUUUUCCUCUUCUGACCAUCACAAAGAUGUUCUGAACAGAAUAUAAUAAUUUCUUGUUGUCGUGUUCUGUUAUGUAUGCCAUCAUUUAAUCAGUUUUCCAUUGAUUUUUUUUAAGUUGUUAUUGAUCCGAGUGAAAUGUUGUUGUGCUUUCAUGUUAUAAAUUUGUAAACCACUUAAUAAACAUGAUGUUCGUCUAGUUUGUUUGGCUUAUCUGCUGACUGGAUAUUCAGUUUUGAUUACUCUUUUGUCUUGCCAAUUCGUUUGAUGCAAUCAAAUUCUAAUGAAUACCCUUCAGAUUUAUUUGACAAGUCCAUGGUUUCCUUUGUUGAAACGGAACCAAGGGCAUUUUUUCUCCAUUGUACAGAAAAAAUGGGAAGAAGAACAUAUAUGCCUAGGGGAUCAUAUAUAUUUUCUUUGCCGGUUUCCAAACUACUCAACUGAUGUAGGAAAAAUCCAUUCAUUAUUAUUGUUUUUUUCUGGGGAAUUCAUUGUAACAUUGUAGUACUUCUAUCCUUUUUUUCUUAUUAUUAUAAUUUAGUUAUAUAACAAUUGUUGGGCAUUUAAUCAUUUUCUCAAAUAUGAUUCUGCAUAAGAAUGGCUUCCCUAGGUGCUUUAUGUGAUUAUUUAAGUGAAUAUUAGCCACAGUUCAUGGAUGUUGUUGGAGGUCAGACACCUACUGUUGAACUGUUUUUAUUUAUGAUUGAUAGUGAAUAUAUCUUCCUUGAGUGAUCCAUGAUUGGGGUUUCAACAAGUUUUAAGCUUCCUGUUGAGAGCUUAACAUAACUGUUCUCCUUUAUUCGAGCUUGGGUCUAGCUUAUGAGACCAUAGGUGGAGUGAAGAUGGAUCUGUAGCCACUGAAGGAAGGACAAGAUAAGGAAUGAUUGUAUACGAAGAGAUAUUAGCAUAACUUAUUGAGGAAAAGAAGAUAGAAAUUCGGUAUGCAAAGAAUUCCACUCGAGGCAAUGGUGAGGAGAGUAGAGGACAUGAUUUCUAGCCCCAUGAGCAGUAAAGAGAGAUCAAAAAGGACAUUGGACAAAUUAAAAGGGAUUUCAUGAUGAAUAACAUACUUGAUAGUUUAACUUUUAACUAAGCCCCCAUGAUACUUUUUGAUCCAUGUAUCCAGCCUUGAUUAGUGGGACAAGGCUAUUGCUAUUGAAACACAAUUUACGAUUUUGUUGAACUCUAAAACUUGUUAUUGUUUGAAAUUCAACAUUUGUUUGCAUGGAAUGUUUGCAUUCUUACGAGAGUAUGUAUACUGAGAACUUGGUCACAAAAGAGGGUGGCGUAGCAUGCAGUUCUCACUGCAACCCUUUCUGAGAACACGACAACCAUUGCAGCUCAUCUUUUUCUUCUUUUGAUCCACUCCACAACACUCUUCCUAUGAAUCAACUAGUGAGUGUAGAAGCAGAAAGGAUGCAGGUUUUUAUAUAUGUGGUGGCUCUCAUUGAUGUUGGAGUCUUUAAACCUUUACUGGUCUGUGUUUAAUUUUUUUGGGGAGUGAGGUUGGCUCUCAUUGAUGCUUUAAUGUAUCGCAAUUCAAAGCCAUGAUAGUAAUGUUGUAGAAUAUUUUUUUCUAAGAAUUAUUGUGACCCAGUUUUUCUAUGAAACAAGAUAAACUCUAUGACCCAGUUUUCCUUUUAAUCUGAACCAAUUAGGCUGGAAACCACUACAUAUAUCCACUGUCAACUUGUCAUUUGAUUUUAUUAUCACUUUUCCUCUUCUGUUUCUUUUUUGACCACUUUUUUCUUUCUCUUCUUAAAAUAAUCUUAUGCUUUAGUGUUUCUCCUGAUCUUUCUGGUUCUCAAUUUAGAUUUUUUAGAUUAUGCUUUAGUGGCUUCUAUUUGCCAAUUCGCUGCAGGGUCUGGUAAAAAUACAAUGAUCAAUAAUAAGCAAGAACAGUGACAAGGGAGCAGAGCCGUUUCAGGAAAAAACAUGUUGAGUAUGCACCGUCCAAUAACCCACGCACACAGCCAAACACAAUCUCCUUUCGGUUGUGUCUGACCAUCACCUUCUACUUUACCAUCUUCUCCUUCUUUCCCCAUAAUCACCAAUCUCCAUGAAUCGCAUAGCAUUGCCCAAAUCCCUUGCCCACCGUUGCAGAGGCAUUCACCUCACAACUUGGAAGCGGUUCGGUAAUCAUUGCGAAAGCCAGGUCCAAGGUGUCGGGCCCUUGGGCUCUCUUCUCAAGUCCCGUUCCGUUAUACGGUUCGGCGGGCCUGACAACCUCAAGUUCCUACAGGGCCUCCUUACCAACGAUGUCCGGAGGUUGGGUGACCCCAUUGGUGACAAAAUUGAAAACUUGCCCACGCCGAACGUGCCUGCUAUGUCGGUUCCUCCUAUUUAUGCUGCCUUAUUGACCCCUCAAGGGAGAUUCCUCUACGACCUCUUUCUCUAUAAGCCUCCCAUGAGGGACACAAAGCUCGAUAACACCGGCACUGCUCCUGAGUCCAACUCCGAUAGGCCCUUUCAUUUGUUUGCUGACGUGGAUGCUUCUGUGUUGGAUGAAUUGUUGCAAACCUUCAACAAAUACCGGUUGAGGUCAAAGGUUGACAUUGAUGAUGUUUCAAGCGGUUUCUCAUGCUGGCAGCGUUAUGGUGCUGGCCUUUCCGAGAAGUCUUCACAAGUAGAAGAACCAGAAGCAACCUCUGUUGGCUGGGGUGCUGGUGUGGAUAGUACUGCAAUGUCAUCUUUGCAUGGGAGUGAUAGUGGGUGGCAAUGGUUCAAGGAUCCCAGAUUGACCUCUCUUGGUUUUAGAGGGAUCUUUCCAUCGAAUAUAACUCCCCCUCUCAUUGUGGUUGACAAAGAGACUGAUGAAAAGAAUUUCCUUAUGUGGAGAAUAGAGAAGGGUGUGGCUGAAGGAUCAACCGAGAUUCCAAAAGGUGAUGCGGUACCACUGGAGUAUAAUCUUGCAGGCCUUAAUGCAAUUAGCUUUGGUAAAGGUUGCUAUGUUGGCCAAGAACUCAUUGCUCGUACACAUCACAGAGGGGUGAUUCGGAAGCGAAUAGUUCCUCUAAGGUUUCUAGACAACGAUGGGAAAGAGUUAGUAAGCAAAGUCAUUCCAGGCUCAGAAGUAAUAAACACAACAUCCGGCAAAAAAGCCGGGACAGUGACUACUGUCCUAGGAUGUCGUGGUCUGGGGCUCUUGCGGUUAGAGGAAGCUUUAAAGAGGUCCAGUGCCUUGUCCAUUCAGGGACAAGAGGAUGUGAAGGUUGUCGCUAGUAGACCAGAUUGGUGGCCUUCUGAAUGGCUUCAAGAUCAUGAACAGCACGCUGCUUUUGCCUAGGAAAAGGACAGUGAAACUCCUGGUGGUGCUGAAGUUGCUUUACAGAAGGCAGAGGAUGUGGUAUCUGGCAUGCUAGCCAAGGGCUUUAUCUUAGGGAAAGAUGCUGUCAACCAAGCAAAAGCUUUUGACGAGAAG